AUGUCAAGAUUAAAAGGGAAGUUGAAAGUUGGUAAUCAUCAAGUGGAACUUAUCUUACGAAACAAAUCGAUAAAUAUAUUGAAGGAACAAUAUGAGUAUUCGAAAUUGAUUGCUUCACAAACGGAUAUGAAAGAGAAAGAUAUUACUGAAAUGAAAUAUUUUCGAUUAAAAUUACUACCUGAACAAUAUUGCUAUGCGGAAUAAGAGCAUGGUGAAAAUUACAGUUAUUAUCCGGAAAAUGAACCGUAUCGCGUCUAUUUUCAUAAUGUAUCUAAUCGAUGGUUUGUUUAUAAGAGUUAUCAACGUAUCAGUGAUUUAUAUGCAAUUGAUAGUUUUAAUGCACGAGUAUAUUAUAUGGGUGUUAUUCCGGAUGAUAUCAUGAAACGUGGUGAUUUUUAUGAAAUUAACGAUUUCAUCUCGACAGUAUUGGUACUACAUGGUGAAUAUAAUCGUAAAUUGGAACUACAACAUAUUACAGGUGGUGGAUUUCGACCAAAUUUACGGUCAAUGAAAGGUCGUAAAGUGUUACCAACAUUUUUAGCAUCAUAUGCAAGAGAACAGAAAUGUGGACCAUCAAUGAUAAAAGUAUUAAUUAAUCGUCAUAUUGCUGAUAUCCGAGCUUAUCAGCAAAAAAGAAUUCAAAAUAUUGAAAAAAAUUUGGAGCAAAAUAAUAUUACAAAACAAAUUAAGGCUUUCAUAUCAAAUCACAAACAAUGGGUUCAUGCUCGGAAACAAAUGAAUAAUUAUGCUUCAUUACAGCAUAAAGUACGGAAAACAGUUCCCUUUAAACGAUCUUCAGCUACAAGGUUAAUAGCUUUAAAAGGAGUUACUGUAUCGGAUUUAUGUAACGAAUUAAUUGAUUAUCCAAUUUGGGUUGGUUUUCAUUAUCAUUUUAUGCGUGUGCUCAAUAAAAAUGGCUUAAAAAUUGUUUAUGAUGAUAUCAAUUAUGCAGUUCAAGAAGAUGAUGGAAAAUUGCGCCAUUUACGUAUUUUGCCUUCUAAAUAUACAUACAAACCACAGGCUACAACAAUUUUUGGUGAAACAAAAGUUUAUAGUAAAGGACAGAUUCCUCUGGAUCAUUGGCCACUUAGUAAUUAUCCUCCUAGCGUCGAAUCAGUUUCAGGAUAUUCCACGAUUACGAAAAUGUCCACUGCUACUACGUCACCUAAUUCAUGGCAAAAUGAUUGGAAGAUGCAAUCUCGUCAUGAUGAGUACGAUCAUCGUUUGACGGAAACGACAAUACCAGACGUACGUAAUACACGUGCUCGUGGCGAUGAAGAAUUUGCUAUUCGAUUCAAUAAAGAACUUAAUAGACGAAUUGAUUUCGCUCUUGCUGAUAUUGAAGCAGUACUAUCAACAACAAUGUUGAAUUAUAAAAUGGAUCCACGUGUAAUAUCUGCUUGUGAUUCUGAAGUCAUUUCGACAGUUCUCGAUAGACAUGGUGAUAUGAAAUGGCUUAAAAAUGCCGAAUUAUAUAUCAGUUCGAUAUUGAAGAAAGAUAAUCCAACUGAUGAGGAGAAAAAAGAUUUAAAAUUUGAAAACAAGAAAACGUUAUCAUUUGGUAUCCUACAAAGUGGUCAUGCAACAACGACACAUUUAUUUAUAAACGAUAGUUGGCGACGGAUCAUUGAUUCUAAUCGUAUUCCAACAAAUGUUUUGCAAAUUUUGAAAUUAUUGGUAACUGAUAGUGAUGCAUGGCCAUUGGAUUCAGAUUUUUCCAAUUUAGCAUUAGUUGAUCGUGCUGAUCGUAUUUCAGUACCACGUGUCAUCGAAUUCUAUCAUCGCUAUCAUCUGGUGGAUAACAUUUCAUUUUUCAAUGUACCGAAAAAUAUUUUAAUUAAAUUAAAAUUGAUACCAAAGAGAUAA